CUUACACGCGACUUUUGACGUUCAAUUCAUGCCCUCCUUGAUUCCCCACGGGCCUAUCAGCCGCAAAGAAACAUGGGCUUGAACACAUGUACGGCAUAACAGCAUGUGUCCAAACAUCGGGAGAGCGAUGGACUAGCCCUCUAUUCUUGCCCAGAUCUCGAAUGCUUGCUUGAGGGUGGGAGAUUACCUAAGGAACUCCGUCGUUGGUGUGAUCUACCUUGUGCCUCAUAUGCUGGCCAAAACGCCCUCCACAACGCGCCCUUCAUCCAAUGUUUGCUUUCAAUCGAUAAGAUCUCAUCGUUUAGCAAGCUCGCGCAAACCGUCAGGAUGACAUGGCGAGCCCACCGCCCACCAAACGUGCGCGCCACAAGCCCCCAUCAUCCAAUGUUGAGACGGCCAAAAAACACCCCUCCGUGCCGUCUCGGGCGCCCAGUAACCCCAAUAAGCCGCGCACUAUCAAUUUCCGUUAUAGGCCUAACAACAGCACCCAUCGCUGGGGCCCGGACGAAGCGUUCCGGGAGAUCGUCAAAAGAUGGCGAGAGGAUAUCAUUCAUCUCAGUGGUAUGCCUGAGGAGAAUUUUGCCGUCUUUCGUCAAGAGGAGAGAGGAGACUACGACGACAACCUGUCAAUCUGCUAUCGAGUAUUCAAGCUCGGUAGUGAGCCCAAGAAGUUUCUCGGCCAUAUCAGGUACAGCGGGACGAAAGGCCAAGGUACCGUGGAUAUCCUCACCCAAGGACUCAAGCUCGACAUGGGUUGGUCAGAUCCAAACAGCCGUGGCCCCAUUGAGGCUAAGAUCCCCGAUGAGAGCCUUGAGACUGCCAUUCUUGUCUUCAUGAUGUCCCCGCAGAAUCACAAGGUCCGCUUGAGAAGUCGCCUGUUUGAUUGGCGAUUCAACUUCAACAAGCACGGAAAUCUCUUCGCCAUGCAGCAUAACAUUGCGCCAGAGAUGACACAAGACAUCAAUGAGGCUACCGAAGACAUCCAACGCUCAGACGGGCUGUGUUCGGAUGCUGUGCUGGGGCAAGACACGCAGUUCAUCUUCGGGGAGCCUGGCAAGGGCCAGGACGAACAUGGUAACCCAACGACAAGGUCUCAGGUCCGAGAGUGUGACUUCAGGAGAUGGGCCAGAGUGGGGCUUUUCUUCUGGGACCUUAGUGACGGGGGCAAAUCGAUGACAUCGACUGGGGAGAUAAUUCUGGAUGAUCGCUUCUCCGGUCUACUCUACUAUGACAGCCUCCUUCUGCCUCGCCAAGACCCGAACAAGAGCACGAAACGGCCACUGAGAUUCGCCUAUAAUCUGCCACGGACGUGUAAAUUCGUCAAGGAGGGGCCCGUACUUUCCGCCGGCGACCAGGCGAGAGCCAUCAUCGAUAUCUGGAACGACGUAUUGGCUGUUCGCCCAAUGCUUGCCGCCGAGCUGAGCGCCAUGCUCAAUAGUACGGCGUUAGAUUAUGGCGACAUCGCAGGUGCCGAGAACCACCUCACCUACGACGUUGCCCGUCUUCUACGGAGGCAUUUGCUUGGAGAUGCGUCCAAAAAAUUAUGGUACUACACGGCCGAAGAGAAAGCCAAGAAUCCGGACCUACACGAUAUAAUCGAACGUCUGGGGUGCGAGGGGAGGGAAUUGACACGACGUUACUGGUCGAUAAUGAGCAAGCAUGGACUCCUGAACACAGCCGAGCACGAGUUGCUCAAGCGCCAGCGGACUGAGUCCACCGUGCCAGACUGGGAACUGACGGCUUCUCCCUUUGCAAUGGAGAUGUCCCGACUGUCGCAAGCCUGCCUCAAGCUCUGCCAUUCCGUGACAGAAUACAGAGUUGACUUCGUCCGAGGUACCGGCUUCGAUCCCGAGUUGUCUUUCGACCACGAAUCGCAGCGUGUAAAGAUACCCAAUACAUGGCUGGUCAAGGACCGAGUCAUGGCGGACCUCGAAAUACCGCCACAGUGGAAGGAGCCUGACGUAAUAUUCCACGCUGUGUACACGUUAUUCACAAAGUUGUUCGACCUUCUCGCUGAUGACUAUCUCGACGGUGUGCAACUGGUCCAGGCGACUCAUGAUGACAUUGGAAGCAGCAAAUCCGCUACACAACAAGCCAAGAGGGGAAUCCUGGCAGAAAUUCACCAUCGCCUCCUCGCCUACAACAGAGCAAACGGUCAGAUCCGCCUGCACCACCCUCAGGGAGAUCCCUCGGCUCUUCUCAUGUCUGGCACCGCGCUGCCAGAUACUGGGUGGGCCAGUGCCGGUCAUGUCAUUGAAUUCCAACUUCAUCGCGACAACUGUGAACACUUCCGCCUAUGGGGGGUUAAUGGUGACGAUGCUGUCUUUCCGUCCUCGUGUCCGUCGAUACAUACUGACCAGUUGAUAGAUCUCGGCUCGUGGACCGUGAACGGCGGCAGCGUGGGGCAGAAUAACGAGGUGUCGUCUAGUGACCGUCCAUCUCCGACCUGCCAGAGCGUCGAGCUAGUCUGCCCAGCGCAUCCGGCCAGUUACAUCUUCGCCAUUUUUGAGGAAUUACGCGCCCGCCGAUCAUACUUUGGCCUCGUCUUUAACAGAUCAGAUCCACACUCUAUCGUGAUCGCCCUGCAAGGUCGCCAUCUGCACGAAAAACUGUCACCAAAGCAGCAGGCUGAUGCCGAACGGGAAAAUUGGAGGCACUUGGCCAGUUCAAACAACUGUUUUGCGGCCGAACCUCAACCCCCUGGCGGCCCAACCGAGGAGGCCGGCCAAAAUAACCUGAUACCUCUGCGGGGGGCGCGGAAUUGGGCAAGGAGGGGCACCUACAUGAUACCGUGACGAGGGAGGUGUGGCUUCGAUCACUUCGAGUCGGAAAGUUGGUGACAUAGAUGGUGACAGGACCAGCCCAUGGAGGGGGCGGCGGCUAUCUGUCUGCGAUGGGACUAAAGAGAGCAUCGAGAGCGUCUAGGGGCUACCGUGGGAGCCACCAUAUAUAGCCUAACUCCGUUAGGAUUUGCAGUCAUGAGAUGUUUGGGCGCCUAUCUUUGACAGCACGCCGCUUGUUGAAGCCUGCUGCGAGGAUAAAGAAAGGCGUUGGUUGACGGGGCAUUGGCAAUUAGGAUGGGGUAGCGGAUAAUACCUCAGGCAUACCAACUUGAUUCUAAAAACUACCCGAAAAUCUGCGCUCACGUCGUCGUAUGAGGAAAAUAGACUCCAGAAAUCACAAAUCACCAUGGCAAUACCACC